AUGUCGAAUGAUGAAGUCUCUGAAGUCUACCAAAUAAUGAAUAGCGAUGUUUUAGAAGUUCUUGUCAUCGGUGAAAACGUGGACCAGCUCAGUGAAAAGACCAGUUGUUUGGUAUCGGCAACAAAAUUAGCACCAGAUCAGCAAGUUCCCUCCAGCAAAAUCCAAUCAAUGUCAAUCUCCGACCAUUCUGACGCGCCUGAAGACCAACAAAUGAGUUUGGACGAGAGGUACUUGCUGAUUACAAGCAUAGUGGAUCCGGAGGAGCGAAAUAUUGAAGAGGAUGAUAAGGAGCUUCGGAAUGAGGAGCUCCGGAAUCUGCUGCAUCGCAAGUCCGAACCCAUCGCGUACGACGGCUUCGAACCCUCAGGUCGGAUGCACAUAGCUCAGGGAGUUCUCAAAGCAAUAAACGUGAACAAGCUCACCGACGCCGGCUGCAAGGUAAAACUUCUGAUAGCAGAUUGGUUUGCAAUGAUGAACGACAAGAUGGGGGGUGACAUGCAAAAGAUUGAGACCGUGGGUCGAUACUUCAUUGAGGUCUGGAAAUCUGUGGGGAUGAAGAACCUGGAAAAAGUCGAGUUUGUUUGGUCUUCCAAGGAGAUUAGCUGCAGAGGACACGAGUACUGGCCUCGUGUAAUAGACAUUGCUAGACGAAACAGCCUGAAUAGGAUAAUCAGAUGUACGCAAAUUAUGGGUCGAGAAGAUCGAGAUAACUUGAGUGCAGCACAAAUCAUGUACCCAUGUAUGCAAUGUGCCGAUGUUUUCUUCUUGAAUGCUGACAUCUGCCAGAUGGGAACGGACCAGCUCAAAGUGAACAUGCUUGCGAGAGAGUACUGCGACAAAAUCAAGGAGGACAAGCCUGUGAUCUUGUCGCAUCGCAUGCUGCCCGGCUUGAAGGAAGGGCAGGAUAAAAUGUCGAAAAGCGAUCCGACCUCCGCCAUAUAUAUGGAAGAUGAUGAGGCCGAAGUGAACUUGAAAAUCAAGAAAGCUCACUGUGCUCCAAAAGAGGUUGAGGGAAAUCCGUGUUUGGAGUAUGUGCAGCACCUGGUCUUCCCAUGGUUUCAUGAGUUUGUUGUGGAGCGAAGCGAAAAGAAUGGCGGAGACAAGACUUUUGCAAAUUUUCAGGACCUGAGCAAGGAUUAUGCAAGCGGCGAGCUUCAUCCUGGAGACCUGAAACCGGCAUUGGCGAAAGCCUUGAACAAAAUAUUAGAGCCGGUAAGGUCACACUUCAAGAAUGACCCAACUGCAAAGCAGCUAUUACAAAGUGUUAAGAGCUUCAGAGUCACCAGGUGA